AUGGCGCUUCUUACUGGUAAUGAUUGUUUAUCGGUCGCUACUUCAGUCAUGGGGAGAUUAUGGGGUUUAUCACAUGGUUCGGGAAAUACAAUGAUCAAGAAACAACAUUCGCCCAGUUCGCCCAGAGGCAUCAUUCACGAGGAUGUGGAGCCAUCUAACCUCGUCAACCCACGAUUUAUCCAUUUUGCCGAGGCCGUGCUCGAGUCUGAGUCCCCUUGCAGACAUGCCUCGUCAACACACUUCGUCUCCCCUUCUUCCCAAAUCGUCACCCCAGCUGCGUACAGGUCGUCUGCAUGGGUUAGGGGAGAACGAAUUUUCAGGCGCAUUUAUACUGGGCGUUUACCAUUCGAAGACAUCGUGGAAGAUGACGUGGAUUUGCUUAUUAAAGAGGGUCUUCACCCAGAUCUCAGUCUAAUUGACGAUGGAGCUGUCAAGGCUCUGAUCCGCGAAUAUCUAGAUGGUGGAGAGUGA